AACGACGUGACAGCUCGAAGGUUAAGUGAACCUGUUUUUGUUCUCGUUCACGGCGACACAUAUUCCACGUCGCGUCGUUGAUCCACCGAGCGGAAGCAUGAAGUGCAUCACUCCUGAAAUCUCGUGGCACAAUCGCGACCCGGUGCUGAGUGUCGACGUACAGAGCGGCUCGUACGAAAACUCCAAGGGGGAAACGUUUUGGAGAGUGGCGACCGGAGGAGCGGACUGCCACGUUUUGAUUUGGCAGUUGACAACGACGAAAUGCGGCGGAGCUACCGUAAACUUUGCGGCGGACUUGGAGCGUCAUCAGAAGGCCGUAAAUGUUGUAAGAUUCUCCCCGUCGAGGGAUAUUCUAGCAUCAGGAGACGAUGAAUCGGUCAUUAUUUUGUGGAAAGUGAAGGAGGGACGGGACUUCUCUCCGCCGUCAGGCGAUACUGAAAAUAAGGAGCAGUGGACCUCCUGGAAAGUGCUGAGAGGUCACAUCGAGGAUAUCUAUGACAUCAGCUGGUCGCCCGACUCCAAUUCCUUGAUUUCUGGAUCUGUCGAUAACACCGCUAUACUGUGGGACGUUCAGAAAGGUCGCAAAACCGCGUUAUUGACGGACCACAAAGGUUUCGUCCAAGGAGUGUCCUGGGAUCCUCGCAAUCAAUACGUGUGCACCAUCAGUACAGACAGGCACUGCCGUUUAAUAAGCAUCGCUACAAAGAAAGUCGUUCAGCGUAUUUACAAGUCCACAAUUCCGACGCCACCCGGCAGCUCGUUGGAGGGGAAGCUCGUGCGCCUAUUUUACGACGACACCUUCAAGUCGUUUUUCCGCAGGCUGACCUUUUCGACGGACGGAUCCCUGAUCUUCGUCCCGUCUGGAAUAAUCGACUCGCAGGAGACCACAGAGACGAUAUCAAAUGCGAUCAUUGUUUUCUCUAGAGAGGACAUAAGAGAGCCAAUAAUGAUCUUACCUACCUUAAACGAAUGUACUAUAGCGGUACGAUGCUGCCCUGUAUAUUUUGAGUUGCGAGAGGAUGGUCCAACUGCUAUGGUACCGCUGCCUUACAGAAUGGUACUCGCUGUCGCGACGCAGAGCUCUAUAUUGCUUUACGAUACGCAACAGACCUCUCCGAUCGGCGUGAUAUCGCUCAUUCAUUAUGGUAGACUAAAUGAUCUUUCGUGGUCUAGCGAUGGUCAAAUUCUAAUUGCGUCUUCGAGCGAUGGUUAUUGUUCCAUAAUACACUUUGAGGAAGGCGAACUAGGUAAAAUUUAUAAAACAAAAGUCUCUGUACAAGAAAGUGCAACGGUGAACAAAACAUCCAAGAGUUCUAGCAAAAAAUCUUCUAAAAGUGUAAUCGAACGUAAAGACAAUGUCCCAACAUUCGAUGUGGAUGAUUGUGCAAUGGAUAUUGAACUUGUAAAAAGCGGCACGAUCGACACGGCAGCAAGUAAUCGAUCUGAGGAACCUAAUGGAUGUAAAUCGGAUAGCGUCAUGGAUAGCGAAAAUGUUAGGCCAGAAAAUGAUUUGCAGGUAGACAAGAAAUUAAAUGAGGAAGAGACAGAAGAUAUCAAGUUGAUUUACGAUGAAGAAAACAGUAGCGACUCGACCAAGACUAAAACUAGGAAUACUCCACCGAGGUCAGACGUUGCUCCUAUUAUAUGCAACAAGACCCCCAGAAGAGUACAAUUAAUAACUUUGUCGAGUCCAAAGAGACUCAAGAAGCAAUAGCUUAUAACACGUAGACCCUUCUAAGACUAUAUUUUUCAAACUAUACAAUUAUUUUUAUAAUGUAUAAUAUCGGCUAGAGCGUAAAAAUAAU